UAGGCGACAUCCAGCUCCAACUAGAGAGAUGCUUGAACCCUUACUACGUACUGCUGCUGCAGUUGGUCUGCACUUGGAUGUCUCAUCAUCAAAAGCAUUAGCUGAUUCUCUUGAUCAUGCUGUGGGCGAUGAUCCAUACUUCAAUAAGUUAAUCCGCAUUUUGGCAACUAGAUGCAUGACUCAGGCAGUUUAUUUCUGCAGUGGGGAUCUUAGCCCUCCAGAAUAUCAUCAUUAUGGGCUUGCAGCUCCUUUAUAUACCCAUUUCACAUCACCUAUAAGAAGAUAUGCAGAUGUUAUUGUGCACAGGCUACUUGCUGCUUCUUUAGGGAUGUCCAAAUUACCGUCCGUAUUUCAGGACAGGCUCCAGCUCACUACCAUUGCAGACAAUUUAAAUUAUCGGCACAGGAAUGCUCAGAUGGCCGGGCGGGCUUCAGUGGAGCUGCAUACUCUCAUUUAUUUCUGGAAGAAGCCAAUAGAUGCGGAGGCUAGGAUAGUGAAAAUAAGAUCUAAUGGAUUUUUUGUGUUUGUUCCCAAAUAUGGCAUAACUGGACCUGUAUAUUUGACAAGAGCGGAAAAGGGAGGUGGAGAAUGGUAUGUAGAUGAGCAACAGCAGAAGAUUAAGAAGAUGGAUGGUAGUCUUUCAUACAGCAUGUUGCAGACAGUCAAAAUUCACAUUGAGGUUGUUGAGCCUCAGCCUAACCGGCCAAAACUUCAGCUUACUCUCAUCUAGAAGUGUAUGAGCAUUGGAAGAGCUAAAUAGGUCGAUAGAUGUAUAUAAGUUUAGGGAAGUAUUCGUUUACAAUUUUUUUUUUACAAAUUAUACUAAGUAUGACCGGUCAUACACUAAUCAGAAUGUAUGACCGGUCAGACAGUGUAGUUUGUAAACAAAAAGUUUGUAAAUAUAUCAUUUUUCAUAAGUUUGUUAGUUAUUUUUUCCUAGUUAGACUAUUCAUCGUUUUUAAUUUUAUAAUGCUCUUUUAAAUUAUUCUUUUCAAUUCUUUAUUUCAUUAUUUUUUAAAGAAAAA